UGUAAUUAGCUAAUGGCAUUAUUGCAGGUAUAAAAGUCACAGUGCACAAUACUACACACAUAAUAUAAAAACUUUUGCUCAAGCAUACAGACGCUUUUAACUUUCUUCUUCAAUUGUUUUGAUAAUAAAAUCUUGUGAAAAUGGGUGAAAAGAACAACGACCAAAGUAUCAUGGAUAAAUCCAUGCGAUCGGUUUUCGUCGGAAACAUUCCAUACGAAGCCACCGAAGAAAAGCUAAAGGAGAUUUUUAGUGAAGUUGGACCAGUGCUAUCGUUAAAGUUAGUAUUCGACCGAGAAAGUGGCAAACCAAAGGGAUAUGGUUUCUGUGAAUACAAAGAUCAAGAGACCGCAUUGAGCGCGAUGCGAAAUUUGAAUGGCUAUGAAAUUGGCGGACGUACACUUCGUGUGGAUAAUGCGUGUACAGAAAAAUCACGCAUGGAAAUGCAACAAUUGUUGCAAGGACCGCAAGUCGAAAAUCCGUAUGGUGAACAUUGCGAUGCCGAACAGGCACCGGAAAUCAUUACAAAAACUGUAACCUCAAUGCCACCAGAGCAAAUGUACGAAUUGAUGAAGCAAAUGAAAUUAUGCAUUCAAAAUAAUCCCAGCGAAGCACGUCAGAUGUUAUUGAUCAAUCCACAAUUGGCGUAUGCAUUGCUUCAAUCAAUGGUCGUUAUGCGUAUUGUUGAUCCUCAAACGGCUGUGACAAUGCUGUUCCGUUCUAAUCAAAUGCCGCCGGUGAUUUCGAAUAACUCGGCAAUGGUUCCACAAAGUAUGCCACCAAGUUCGAGCAAUCCAAUCAAUUCAAUGGGAAUACCCAAUUUCCCAGUUAGUCAAGACAUUGAUCUACGCAGUAUGGAUCCGCGUCUCAAUCGAAAUAUGGAUUUGGAUAUGCGUUCAAUGCCGGGAAAUUCAAUUGGCAACUCAAAUAUGAUGGAUACAUCAUUUAUUCGACAACCGCCGAAUCAGUCAAGGCCACCUCAAGCUGUGCCACCAUUUCAGGUUGCGGAUCCUCGUGCUGAUCCACGCGCCGAUCCACGGGCUGAUCCACGAGCCGAUCCACGGGCCGAUCCAAGGCAACGGGCUGAUCCACGUAUGAAAGCGCAACAAUCCAAUCAACAAGCACAGCAACAAUCUUUAUCGGUACUAAACCGCGGUGCUCCGACAAAUGUACCUGGCGUUAUUCCAAACGAUGCAUCCGACAACGAAAAGGCUCAAUUGAUUAUGCAGGUGCUACAACUUAGUGACGAACAAAUUGCCAUGCUAUCACCAGAGCAACGAGCCAGUAUUCUAGUACUAAAGGAACAAAUUGCCAAGAGUACACCACGUUAAACAACAUCAUUAAAUUUCAUUUAUAACUUUAAAACGAUGUAAUAUGCAUGAUUAACUAACUAUAUUGUAUAAGCUUUGACAAAUUAUACAAAUAAUGUUUUUGUAGAAUUAAUUGAAAAAAUACCUUUUCAAUUUUGGUUCCAAUAAAAUAACUUUAAUUACCUUAA